AUGACUACUCCUGCUCAGGAUCAUUUGGUUAAUUUUGAUGAUGGCUGGAGAUUGGUGGGGAAAAAGACUAAAACUCAGAAUAUCAGACAAACUCAGCAUGUUGUUACUAGGGUGAAUGCUUACAAUGCUCUUAUGGAUGAUGAGGAGGCUGCUAAUCCUAUCGGGGGUGAUGGAAGUAAAGUUAAAUUGCAUAAGUUUGAUUUUGUGAAAAAGAAGUUUGGAAAAGCUUGGGAGUGGAUUUGCAAUUAUUCUUUCUUUCCCAAGGGUAUAAUAUGGGUUGGCUGGAAACCUGAUGCUGUUUCUUUAGAUGUUAUAGCUGUUAAUGAGCAAUUUAUGCAUACUGUUAUCUCUGCUAAGGAUUUUCAGCAUCAGAUUGCCUGUACCUUUGUUUAUGGGCUUCAUUCUAUUCAAGAUAGGCUUAAUGGGAACCCAGUAACUGACUAUGAGGUUAAGGAUUUCCAGAAUUUUGUUCAUUACUUGGAGCUUGUUGAAAUUAAGAGUAAAGUGGAUUUAGUUCACUCUGCUGCUGGAAAAGGAAAAUCUUUUAGAUUUUUAAAUUGCCUUACCUCUCACAAGGAUUUUCAGGAAGUUGUGUCUUCUCAUUGGAAUGUUAAUGUUACUGGUAACUCUAUGUUACAGGUUUGGAAGAAACUGAAAUUUUUCAAAACUGGUCUUAAAGACCCAAACAAUAACAACUUUACUAAGAUCACAGACAGACAAGAAGCUGCUAGAUCUCAUCUUGCUGAGGUUCAAACUCAGUUGGCUGAGGAAUUUACUAAUGUUUCUCUUCAGACUCAAGAGGCUGCUGGAAUUGAGAAAAAUAGAAAUAGAAUUGACUCUAUUUAUAAUAGUGAUGAUGUUAUGCUGAAGGAUCCAGAUUUAUUUCAAGCUGAAAUUAUUAGCUUUUAUAAGAAUCUCUUAGGUUCUGCUGCUAGUACUUUGCCAACUGUUGAUGUUGCUAUUGUUAGAGCUGGGAAGCAGCUUUUCUUUGAUGAUAUUGAUAUUCUCUCUGCUCCUAUCUCUCAUGCUGAAAUUUAUCAAGCUUUGGCUAAUAUUGGGGAUGAUAAAGCUCCUGGCAUAGAUGGUUUCAAUGCUGUGUUCUUUAAACAAGCCUGGAAUCAUGUGAAAUCUGAUGUUUAUAAAGCUAUUCUGGAUUUCUUUGACACUGGUGUUCUAGAGAAAUCUUGGAGUUGUACUACUUUUACUCUUGUUCCAAAGGUUCAGAAUCCUUCUUAUGUUAAGGAAUAUAGGCCUAUUUCUUGCUGCACCCUAGUUUACAAGUUGAUCUCUAAAGUCAUAACUGCUAGAGUGGCAAGGGUGGUGGGUUCAGUUGUUAAUGAUGCUCAGGCUGGGUUUAUUCCUGGUAAGCACAUUGGGGAUAACAUUUUUCUUGCUACAGAGUUGAUCAAAGGUUAUUCUCACAAAUUUGUUAUCCCUAGAUGUAUGUUGAAAAAUGAUCUUAGGAAAGCCUAUGACUCAGUUGAAUGGGGUUUCCUUGAGGUUAUGCUUGGUGAAUUGGGGUUUCCUAACAAGGUCAUAACCUGGAUUAUGGGCUGUAUAACUUCUGUUUCUUACUCAGUUAUGAUCAAUGGUUAUCCUUCUGCUCCUUUUCAAGCAAAGAAAGGUUUGAGACAAGGUGAUCCCAUGUCCCCUUUUCUCUUUGCUUUGUGUAUGGAGUAUUUGUCAAGAUGUUUGCAGAAUAUGACUAAGAAUCCAGACUUUAACUUUCAUCCUAGGUGUGAGAGACUUGGGAUUACUCAUUUAAUGUUUGCAGAUGAUCUAGUGCUCUUCUCUAGGGCUGAUUUGGUUUAUGUUAAGCUUCUCUUUAAGGCUUUUCAGCAAUUUUCUGAAGCUUUUGGUUUGUCUGCAAACUUGGAUAAAAGUGAUGCCUACUUUGGCGGCAUCUUGGAUCAUGAAAGAUGUGAGCUUCAUCAGAUUUUCAUUUUGCCAAAGAAAAUCAUUAGAGAUAUGGAAUCUAGAUUCAGAUAUUUCUUAUGGAACGGGGAAGGGUACCCUACAAAGAAAGCUCUUGUUGCCUGGAAGCAAGACUUUUGGACUGCUCCUAUUCCUAACAAGGCUUCCUGGAUUUUGAAAAAGAUCUUUGCUUCUAGAGAUAAUGUUAUUGUCAAUGGCAAGAUGCAGAUUAAGAAGCUAUAUAGUAUCAUUAAGCCGCAUGGCCCUAAAGUUCCCUGGAAGAGAAUUACUUGCAAUAACCAAGCUUCACCAAAGAGUAUUUUUGUCACUUGGCUUGCUAUUUUGGACAGACUGCUACUCAAAGGUGAUCUGAGAAAUGAUUUAAUGUUUACAGAAAACUUUAAAUCUGCUUCUGAGUUAAUUAGGGAGAUUACUUUUCUAGUUGCUUGCAGAUGUAAUAGCAUUGAUAGAUAUUUACUGUAUUCUGCUUAG